UAGUGUAUAUACUGUGUUGGUAUUGGCUAAACAUCAAAGCCACGCCCUCACGUCAAUCAGCAACACCUGAUCACAUGAUCACUGAUUCACAUCUCAGCAGUCUGCAACUACAUCAGGUGUAAGUUUAGCUAGUCCUCAGACUAAUAGUGUUAGCAGGUCAUCUUUAUGAAGUGUCUGUUGUGUUGAUCACGCAUGAUGCUGGAGUGCUCAGACUCGAGCCGUAAUCCGCUUCGAUCCGACUUUCCAUACUCGUUUUCCGAGGACGGUCACCUGCGACACAGAGUCACCUCUGAGCCCUACAGAUUCACCUUCAGACUCGAUGACGUCCGUGGAACCGAUCGGGAACAUCACAGCCUCUGCCACUACAUCACCCAGCACGUGUACGAGCUUCUAGAGAGGAAGUUUCACCUUCUUAAGGUGCAUCUCGAAGAGGACAGUUUUGUAUUCACGAGUCCAGGAGCGCUGGAUCAUCCCGGGAGUCUCUUGGUUCUGAUCCAGGACUGGGGAACGGCGCGGAGCGGCGUGUGGAGCUGGAAGCUUUCGGCUCACGAGGGACUGGAGCGAGGCAGUCAGAUCCCGUAUCUGCGCUGGGCAGAGCAGGAGUCGUGUGCCGUUAUCAUAAUGAACCCUAACGAGGGGGGGGAAACUCUAGAACAUCACGUGCAUCUGGUCUGGGAACGCUUGGUCUCCAGGAGCUCCGCUGAGCACGUGUUUGUGGUCGCUCAUGGAUAUGGAGGCCUGGCUUUUGUGGAUCUGCUUUGCCAUCAGCUAGAAGAGAUUCAGCCGCAAGUGAAGGCUGUGGCUUUCUUAGAUUCAUCUCACAGCUUGUGGCAUCAGCCGUUGGGAAAGGUUGGACGAGACUGGCUGAAAUCCCACUCCAGAACUUGGAUUCUCAGCACCAAACCCUUGAAUCGCUCCGUCGGGUCGCUGAAGGCCGGCUGCCCGCAGAUUUCCGCAGGGACUCAGUGCCACGAUUCUGUGCCCGCCGUCUGCAUGGAGUCUGUGUUUCGCUUCUUCACCAAAACCAUUAAACCUAAAGCCACACCGACUCCGUUUGAAAUCAUCACCAGGAGCAAAAGCCGCACUCACGACCAGAACAGCAACCUAGUCUGAUCACGCUAAUGGACUGAUCUGAAGGAUUUGAGUGUUAAGGAUGUAUUAAUGUUCAAAUCUGAAAUAAAUAAAAGACUUAGCAUCAGAAUUAUCUGUCUGAUUAUCAUAAAAAAAAGUUAAUGUGUUCACCCUCAGGCCAUUCCAGAUUAGGAUGGAUUUGUUUGUUCAUCAGAUUUGUAGAAAUGUGUCAUUCCAUCACUGUCUCACAAAUGGAUGUGAAUGGGUGCCGUCAGAAUGAGAG